GUGAGUUUCUGUACAUUUAUUUUCUUUUCGGCUGACGAAGCCUGGGUUAUGGAACUCAAGGUCGCCGGCGAUCUCUGGAUUAAGUGACAUUCUGGCAAAUGAUUUGCAAUCGACAAGUAGACAAGUACGCCUUGGACUACAAUCUAACAUCGCCUCAGGGUCAACCAGGCAAGCGACACUUGAUAAGACACCUUUCAUUGUCUCCAGCAAUCCAUCCUGACUUUUGCUAAAUGGUGCUGGCUACAACCCCGCGGCCAUGACCAUGCAAGCGUCAAAUCUACGAACUCAGGCACCACAGCCAAACCAAGACACGCUCAGAAGGGCAGCACUUGCUUGUAACCGCUGUCGGGGUCGCAAAACAAAAUGCACGGGCACAUCUCCCCAUCCUUGCUCGGUCUGCCUGGCUGUUGGGGUGGAAUGUGUCUACUCUGAGGGUGAGAGGAGGAUCAAUGUCCCAGAGAGUUAUCUACAGGAACUCCAGGCCCGAGCACAAAUGGCCCAAACCAUGACCACGCACGGGACGUCAAACUCUGGCAGUGCGACAUCUCCCUCGACUUUUGGAGACGAACGCCUCAGUAAUGAUGAUGAUUGGUGGUACAAGGAUAUGGACAACUUGUGGUUAACUCGCUCAGGCGAACGUCGCUACGUGGGCAGUGGGUCUUCUACCUAUCUCGCCCAGAAGCUCAACCCUACUCCUGCCACUGAUCUUGCUUGGGAUGUCCGCCCUAUGUAUAGGGAUUCUUCAUCCUUGAAGCGGCCAAAGAAUCUCACUUUACCUCAACUACCGCCCUAUGAUUUUGCUCGCCGGCUGUACUUGACGCAAAACAAGUACAUUGGGAGCAUCUUCUGGUUUGCUCCUCGCCAUACUUUCGAGCCCCGUCUACGAGCUGUUUACUCGAGCCGGCCUAAUCUGGAUGACCCAGAAGCUCGUCUCAACUUCUGCGUCGUCCUGCUUGUCCUGACGUUCGGCCACAUGUUCUCCGUGAAUCAGUGGUCUGGGAGUGAGGGUCCGCCAGGAUUCAACUUCUUCAAGGAUGCCUUAUGGCUGCUUCCGGAAAUUCAUCAAGAAGGCUCCAUGCUUUUCGUGCAAGUUCUGAGCUUGACUGCAUGGUUCAUGCAAAAUCUCAAUCGCAAAGACGCUGCAUUCCUCUACGUUGGCCUCGCCAUCAGAAUGGCCAUCUCACUGGGACUACAUCAGGAGGUUACAGACCUCAGCAUGGACCUCGUCGAGCGUGAGUCCCGCCGAAGGAUAUGGUGGUCUGUCUAUAGUUUGGAUCGCAUAAUUUCCGUCAAAUCUGGAAACCCCAUUUCCAUCCAUGAUGAGGAUAUCGAUGUCGCUUGGCCAACUGUCAUGGCCGAGUUGGACUCAAGCCCUUCAAUCCCGACGGUCUUGAAACAUUACACCCAACUAUCACGCAUCCUAGGCAGGAUUGGUGAGGGCAUCUAUCGGAAGAAGAAUAGGUCCGGUACAGGCCUCCUCUCUUCUGUCCAAAGCAUCAUGGACGACCUCUCCAAUUGGCUGAAGGACUUGCCACCUGAACUCAGCAUUGAUACUUCGACCCCUGACAAGUUCCGAGAAUGCGUAUGCAUCUUUCUGCAUUAUUACUACUGUAUCGAUAUGACUGCUCGACCAUUCCUCCUCUACGUCGCUCAAAAACGCCUACGAGAACUGUCACUAGGCACAGCCACCCCAGAUUGGCGAGAAGGUCUCUCACCCAACAUAUUGACUGUCAUCGAAAAUGCAAUUGCAGCAGCUCGUGGAAGUGCCAUGACAAUGAGUAUGGCAAUGAUGCAAAAUGAAUAUUUUACAUACGGCUUCAUGGACGGAGAACAUUCCUUUGCCUGCGCACUAACUCUGAUUAUCGUCAACGUAGCGUUCCCAUACAACGAACGAGACGCAGUGGCGAUGAAAACUGUCCUUGCCGUGCUGCGAAGUAUGGCUGAGAAGGGAAAUGAGUAUAUUCAGGCUCGUUACACACUCCUCUUGAAUCUACGUACCUCCUUGGAGCUCCAAGCCAUGCCGUACGCAAGCACUACAUCCACAGUCUCAUACAACACUCAGUUUCCUUCACCCACGAGCACAACCAACGAGCACGAUCUCCAAAUUUUUGCAGGGUCUAUGACUCAGCCUUCAAUGAUGAUGCAGAAUUCAUCCUUUCAACCGCUGGAAGAGAUGUCGUUCAAUUUCGAUGUCGAGGAGAACUCUAGGAUUUGGGAAGAGAUUUCUGGAAACAUAGACAUUGAUAUGGACACGGGCUGGAUUGAGAAUGCAAUCCGCAGAGACAACAACUCCACAUAGUAGAGACAAAUGAAAUCAUGAUUGACA